AACAGCAAACGUUUUUUCUCGGUAAAAACAAAACAAACACGUCCAAGAGUCUCUCUCUCCGUUUCUCCCCUUUUCUCUCUCCUCUCAGCACACAGAUUCGGUGUGUGCUCUGGGCUCCUGAAAUCUCUCUCUCUCUCUCUCUCUCUCGCAUCGCAAGAGAUUUAUUUCAGUAGUUUCUCACAUAUAUUCAUCUCUCAGAUCUAUCCUUAUACAGUGGCACUUCUGUAAAAUCGGUCUGAUGUACAUGGCUGCGAUACUCGAAUCGGUGACUGUUCCUCGUCGUUUUGGAUUCCGUACGACCCUAUCGCCGUCACCGACGGUUUCUUCGAUUACUGCUUCCCCGAACAGCCGGAAAGUCUGCAGCCUGCCAGAAUUUAAGGGUUUGAGGAUUCAAUCGCGUCCUCUGAGGCGCACGUCUGCGUCGGUAAGCUUGAGGAACGCGGGGAUUUCUCGACGAGGAGGAAGGAUCGUCUGCGAGGCUCAGGAUAUAGCUCUCGAUGUGCCUGAUGUGACGGAGGCAACUUGGAAGCCACUUAUCCUUGAAUGUGACCAAACUGUGUUGGUUGAGUUCUGGGCUCCAUGGUGUGGACCUUGCCGUAUGAUUCAUCCCAUCAUAGGUGAGCUGUCAAAGCAAUAUGCUGGAAAAAUGAAGUGCUUCAAACUAAACACCGAUGAGUGCCAUUCGCUUGCAACUCAAUAUGGAAUUCGAAGCAUUCCGACCAUCAUGAUCUUCAAGAAUGGGGAGAAGAAAGACACAGUUAUAGGUGCUGUGCCCAAAAGUACACUGACUGCUAGCAUCGAGAAAUUCUUGUAGAGGUUGGUAAAUGCCUUGGCAAGCAGAGUGCUGUUUCUACUAUUUUGUGGUGACGUUGUUAGGGCUUAUUAUAUCGAGAAUCUAGUCACCAUGCCACCAUGAUGAAUAUAUAGCUUAAGGUGUAUAGUGAUGGAGGCUACUGUAUCUCAUGUUUUCUUGUACAAGACAUGUUUUCUCAUCAUAUCUUUUCUCACAAACCUGAACUUUAUUUGGAAGUUGCCUCGUUCCCAAUUUAUUCAUGGUUGACCUCUUUGUCA